AUGGCGGCACGGCCCGGGGCGCUGCUGCGCGAGUGCCCGCUGCUGCUCCCGCAGACCCGGGACGGGAGCGUCUACGAGGGCUUCGUCACCGUCCAGGGCAGAGACUUUCACAUACGGAUAUUGUUACCGUCAGAUCUUCAGCUGAAAAAUGCUAGGAUACAGUGUAGCUGGAAACUGAAAAGAUUGCUAAAUGGAUAUCUCAAGAUUCUUAAACAGAGGUUGCAGCAUUCUUCGGAUCUUGUCAGUUUCAUGGUGGAGUUAAAGACUGUUCUGGAAGUUGCUUUGAAAAAUACAGCGGAACUGCAUGUGCCACCACCUCCGCAAUAUUAUUCUGGCCUUAUCAAAGAUAUAGAAACUUUGGGAUGGAAUAAGGUUGAGUUUGUAGAUCCUGCAUUUAGUAUCAUCAGGUUAAAAGCAGAAGAUUCUUGUAGUCGGAAUCAUCUAAUUACCUUGAAGUUAAAUCCAAAGUAUCCCACAGAACCACCAGAAUGUCUUGUGGACUUGCCAGUGCAGUUCUCUGCCUCCUGGAAUCCAGAGAGCUCCUUAUUAAGCAUUCACAGUCAGUUCUUGGCAGCAUUAGAAUCAUUGAAGGAAUUUUGGAAUGCUCUAGAUGAAAUUGAUGAGAAGACCUGGGUACUUGAGCCAGAAAAACCCACACGGAGCGCCACAAUGCGAAGAAUUGCCAUUGGAAACAACGUUUCAGUUAAUAUAGAGGUAGAUCCCAGACAUCCGACCAUGCUUCCCGAGUGUUACUUUCUUGGAGCUGACCAUGUGGUAAAUCCUUUGAAAAUCAAGCUGAACAGUAACAUACACCUAUGGGAUCCAGAAAUUAGUUUGUUACAAAAUUUGAAAGAAGUUUUAGAAAUUGAUUUUCCAUCUCGAGAAGCUCUUCAAAAAUCUGACUUCUCUAUGGAUUGUGGGAUCUGCUACGCUUACCGCCUUGACGGGGCCAUUCCGAACCAAGUCUGUGAUGACGCCCGCUGCGGUCAGCCUUUCCAUGAAGCUUGUUUAUAUGAGUGGCUCCGUGGACUCCCUUCUAGUCGACAAAGUUUUAAUGUCAUCUUUGGCGAAUGUCCGUAUUGUAACAAGCAAAUCACAUUGAAGCUGUCGAAGAAAGUCUGAAAUGGAAUUUCAGGAGAAAUGUAUCUACAUACAUCUGCAAUCUAGAAACAUACAUUGAAGGACCUUUUAAAGGAAAUACAGAGAAAGCAAUAUUAAGAGGAAGAGGACUGCAAUAGCCAAAAUAUAUUGGUACAGUUCUUGACGCAGUACAAGCUGAGAAGUGCCGCAUACAGAAGAACUAGUCAAAGCUUGAA